GGGGAAGAUGGGAAGGAAUGCAUAUGCGUAUGUCCAUUGGGAUAGGUAGAGGUAGAUAAAAUCACUGCGGUCCCCCUCCCCUCCCGUCUCCUCUUGAGCUGUCCCUCUGGUGGAAGAAGUGAUUGGUGUACCUGUCGAGCUUUGCUUUAUCAAAGUUUUUCUUGGCUUGCACCUGGACGGACGUCUCUCGACUUUCGACAACCUCGCCGCAAAAUCGGAAUCUCUCAUACUGAAGUGACUGGGGUGGAAGAAGGAACCAAGCGCUCUUGCUCCCUGUUCAAGCUUGCCUGCUUAUCGCCGCACCGCAACGCACCUUGGAUGACGUUUUGCCCACCUCAGAUGAACAGGAAGUGAAAAGGAAUUAAACGACCGCAACUUCCGGAGCUCUCCAAUACUCAUAUUUCUCAAAAAAUACCAUACAAGCCAAAGUCGCACAAAAGUUUGGAGCUUCAAAAAAAAAAGUCGAUACAGCCAAAGUAAAACGGCGGAAAAUCCAGCCAAAAUGCAAAUCGGACGCCUCCUUUCGACGAUCGUCGUUGGUCUCACCAUCGCGCAAGCCACACCGAUCCAAGAUAAGACUUCAGCCUCAACCCCCGAUGUGGAAGAGCGCAAGGAAUCACGGGCCAAGGCACCCAAGUAUUUUCAGGAAUCAGACUUCUCAAUCCACUACGACGCCCGCUUCGCCACAAAACCCCUCAACGCAACAGCCCAGCGCGAAGCAGUACAGGUCCUGAUCCAGACCUACCUCGCCACCCUCCGCGACAUCGGCGUCCAGACCUGGCUCAUGCACGGCUCCCUCCUCGGCUGGUGGUGGAACAAGCAGACGCUCCCCUGGGACUCGGACGCCGACGUCCAAGUCACCGAGAACGGCAUCAACUUCCUCGCCGCCUACUACAACAUGACCACCUGGUACUACAAGUACCCGACCAUCCCGCAGGGCCGCUACUUCCAGCUCGAGGUGAACCCCAACUACGUCCACCGGGGGCAGGACAACUUCGACGAGGACAACGUCAUUGACGCACGCUGGAUCGAUAUGGACAAUGGCCUGUUUAUCGACAUCACUGCCGUUCGCUAUGUCGAGGAUCACCCCGAGGGCGAGGGUGUGCUGGCGACCAAGAACGGCCACGAGUUCCGCGAUACAUUCCUGUAUCCCUUGCUCGAUACCACUUUUGAGGGUGUCAAGGCCAAGAUUCCUUACAAGUACAAGGAGAUGCUUAUCUCUGAGUAUGGAGAGAAGGCUUUGACAAAUCAGGAAUUCAUGAACCAUAAAUUCAUUGACAGCAAGAUGCAAUGGAUUCCUACUGAUGAACUCUGAAUCAAAAGGCAUAGGCGGCUGUACGACUUUCACGGAUAGGUGUAUGGGCUCAGGCGUUUGUGUCAAACUUUCGGACAAGGUGUCCGCUUUUAAAACUGAUCAGUCUUCAUUUGUGGCGUUAGGGAAUACCCAAAGCUCUGAUUUCAAUAAGAAAAAUGCCAAUUUUCGCUUCAACCCAAACCUGUUGCUGCAUGCUCGCUGUCCAUAUCAAACUGCUCCUCAUGUCUCAGACCUAGUCCUUGUCAAUAUCCUCGACCACCGCCUCCGCGAUAGCACCG